AAUGAGUGGACCUCUGUCUAAUUUGAAAAAAUCUCGUAAAGCUCCUUUUAAUCUUAAUAAUUCAUCUGACAACGAAAAUCAUAGAGGACGUAACGUUCCAUUUCGGCACCCUAAUUAUACAGAAGGUGAAAGUUCGUUUCUAAGCGAAAUUAAUAGAAAACCUGGAAAAUCUACAGAACUUUCAACAAGUAUAAUGUCUUCCAAUAGUAAAUCAACUGGUGGAGGAGCUGCUGUCGGUUUAGGAGGAGAUUUCGAAUUGAUGGAGAAAUUGAUGAGAAGAUUAGGUGAAUUAGAGCAAUAUUGUACCAAACAAAAGGUUAUUAUUAAUGAUAAGGACAAGAGAAUUAACGUUUUGGAAGAGAAAAUAAAGCUUCUUAAUAAGUCUAAAGAAUAUCAAGAAGAAUUAAGAAGCGAAGAAGAUAGAAGAGUCUAUGAAUUAGAGAGACAAUGCUCCUCUCUUAAGCAGCAAAUUCAGGAUAUGGAGGCGUUUCUAGCCGACUACGGAAUGAUUUGGGUUGGAGGGGAAAGAGAAGAUGAGAAUGUUGAGGAGCAAGAAUCCUCUGGAAGUUUCACUGAAAGGGGAGGCCUAUGGGAACAAACAUCAUCAAUACCGGCUAAUUCGGCUAUAAAUUACGAUUUAAUACUUAAGAAUAUCCGAGAAUUGAACGAGAUUGUUGACGAAAGUCGAAAAAUUGAGAGGACUCCAGAUGGUGCUAAAUUUGUCAGCCAAGAUCCAAUUCCUCUAACGCUAUACGCAAAUGGAAUAUUAAUGUUUAAUGGCCCGUUUAGGCCUAUGGAGGAGCCAUCAACCCAACGUUGUUUAAAGGAUUUAUCUGAUGGUUACUUUCCAUCAGAAUUACAAAAGCGGUACCCCGAUGGAGUUCCAUUAUCCGUUCAAGAUAAGAGAGAUGUUGUAUUUAACGAUAAGAAAUCCGUUGUAUUUACUGGCUUAGGACAAACUAUUGCUGGAAAAGUUGUUGGUGAAACAAACAUUGAGCCAGAGCAAACCAAUACAAACAACAAAAUAACAACGGAAUCAUCAACAAAUGAUAGAAAACUCACCGUUGAUCAAUUUUUAAACAAAUUGCCUCAAUCGGUCAUAAAAGACGGAAAAGUUAUCGAUAUUAGGAAUUCUGUUGGGAAAUCUUUAAAGCAAGGGGGCGAAACUCAGCCGAAUAAAGUUAAAAUCAUUGAAACAACAGUUGUUAGCGAAAUGAAAGACCGUCUAAAAGUCAGCGAAGAGAACAGACCUCCCAGUUCACGAUACGUAACUACACUGAGAAUAAAAGAUGAUAACCAAGAGUAUAUACUAAAAAUGAAGUAUACUGAUAGAGUAUCUGAUGUACGACGUUAUUUAGACGCUCAAAGGCCGAAGGAAUCACCAAAUUAUGAAAUAAUGUCGGCCUUCCCAAGAAAAACACUAAAAAAUUCGUCUUUAACUUUAGAAGAAUGUGGUUUAAUACCAAACGCAACUUUGCAUUUAUCCGUUCGCAAAUGA